UUGAGAAAGCAACUUGUAAUGGCGGCCAUGCGAAGAUGAUCGAAGACGGUCCAGGUUCUCAACACGGCGGCCAGGUCGGCCCAGGAUCAGGAAUAAGCAUCGGCAUGGUCACUAAACAACAACAAGAUGGCGAAUCGGUCCAGAGACCACAAUAUUCCAUGCCUGGGAUUUUACAUUUUCUGCAAACGGAAUGGGCUCGUUUCGAGAUGGAACGAUCGCAAUGGGAAGUCGAAAGGGCUGAACUUCAAGCAAGAAUUGCAUUUCUACAAGGAGAGAGAAAGGGACAGGAAAAUCUGAAACAAGAUUUGGUGCGACGCAUCAAAAUGCUGGAAUUUGCCUUGAAACAAGAAAGGGGAAAGUACCACAAAUUGAAGUAUGGGACCGACCUGAACCAAGAUGACAUGAAACCUCCAAGCUUUGAUAAGAAAACUGAUCAAGAUGUAAUAGAUGGUGAAUCACUUCUAGCCUCUGGUCCAAACAGCACAGCAUCAUGGAGACAAGGGAGACAACUCCUUCGACAGUAUCUGCAAGAAAUUGGUUACACAGAUACAAUCAUUGAUGUACGGUCAGCUAGGGUGCGGUCAUUGCUAGGAUUACAGCCCCACACAGAGAAUGAAGCAGAGGGGGCACAACCAGCUCUGGUCAAUGGGGAACAGAGUCCAGGAAAAGGGGGAGUUGCUGCAGGCAAGAGAGUAGGGACAAAGAGAGUUGGUGGAGCAGUCCCUAUUGAGGGAACUUUGAUUGAUACUGAGGCCGCUGUGAUGACAACGUUUGAUUUUUUAGCUAAUGAGAAUGUUGUGGAUGAUGAUGAGGACAAUCUAAGUGAUGAAAAUGAAGAUGGUGGGUCUGCAGAUGAUGAAUCAGAAGAAAGGUUAGAAAGAAAAGGUCACAAGAUCAAGAUGGUGGGUAAUGAAAGCAUGGCUGGUAUAGAGGACGUCAUGGCAGAUCCGGAAACAGAGGAGGCACUGGCGGAGUUCGACUUCUUAGUUUCGGAGAGUGGGGAAGGUGCCGGAGAGGCUCGUAGCCAUGGUGAUGGGACAGAGUGGGAGAAGCGGGAACUGUCCUCUAAUGAAGAGUGGGUGGUCGAUCAACAACAAUUAUCUAAGCUUAAAGAGCAGUACAAAAAGGAGAGGAAAGGAAAGAAGAAUAGGCCCACCCGAUCAACCCUCCAAGCCAUGCUUGCUAAUCUGGGCACCGAGGAAGAUCACCUACCAGCACUGCAGGCUGGAGCUGCUAGUCCUCACACCGAGAAUAGUAUGCCUGACAUAGAUGAAAUGGGUGUUCAAGGGGGAGGCUCCAUGCCAUUUCCGUCUGGAUCUCGGAAACCGAUCCUUGGUAUGCCUGGCGCCGACGAGGAUGCCCUUGAUGCGGCGCUUGGUUUAGGAGAGUUAGCUGGUCUGACUGUCACCAAUGAGGCCGACCCUAUGAGUUAUGAUAUAUCAGCACCAAAAGAAGUUUAUAGGAAAACAUGGAAUGCAAAAUACACUCUUAGAAGUCAUUUUGAUGGUGUACGGGCACUAGCAUUCCACCCGGUUGAGCCAGUGCUAAUAACAGCAUCUGAGGACCAUACACUGAAAUUAUGGAAUCUACAGAAGACAGUACCAGCCAAAAAAGCUGCAUCUUUAGAUGUUGAGCCCGUGUACACAUUUCGAGCCCAUGUGGGUCCUGUGCUGUGCCUAGCUGUCAGUGCUACAGGGGAGCAGUGCUUCAGUGGAGGCAUGGACUCAUCCAUUAGGUGUUGGAAUAUACCAAGCUCUAAUAUUGAUCCUUAUGACUCUUUUGAUCCCAGUGUGUUGUCAGACACUCUGGUGGCUCACCGAGAUGCAGUGUGGGGAUUGUCUAUACACAGCUCUAAGAUGCAGCUGUUAUCGUGUUCAGCUGACGGGACAGUUAGGUUGUGGAGCCCCGGCAGCAAGUCUCCACUCCUAAACACAUUCACUGUUGAUACAGCAGAAGAGGGAGCACCUACCUCUGUAGAUUUUGUGCGUUGUGAUCCCAGUCGGAUGGUGGCUAGCUAUACGUCCUCUAAUACCUAUGUAUUUGACAUAGAGACUGGAAAACAGGUUCUCAAAUUAGAAACAAAAAUAAAUUCAGAUUCUAGCGGAAGCAAUCAAAUCAACAGGGUGGUAAACCAUCCUACACUUCCACUGACCAUAACAGCACAUGAAGAUAGGCACAUUAGGUUCUUUGACAAUAACACAGGGAAAAUCAGUCACUCAAUGGUGGCCCAUUUAGACUCAGUUACCAGUUUAGCAGUGGAUCCAAAUGGAUUGUAUCUCUUAUCAGGGAGUCAUGACUGCUCUAUUAGGUUAUGGAAUUUAGACAGUAAAACUUGCGUGCAGGAAAUCACCUCCCAUCGCAAGAAGUUUGAUGAAUCAAUUCACGACGUUGCCUUCCAUCCGCAAAAACCCUACAUUGCUAGUGCAGGAGCCGAUGCACUUGCCAAAGUCUUUGUAUGACAACAAUAAAGACUUCUAGUCUGUCGGCAAAACAAUGAAAAUACCAGUUUCGUUUGUGUGGCAUGUUGUCAAGGAGGCUACCAACUAGUCUGGGCCACUAUAUGCUUACAUUCUCGCUUACUUAAAUGGCGACAACCAGCAGGCCGGGCUGGGUAGGUGGGUGGGGGUAAUGUGUCGUUGUCUGUCCGAGUCACAUGGUGAGUGAUCCCCUGUUUACACCCCCAUCCUCUUGUCCGUGCAUAAUGGAUCACAUACUCAUUGCUCUAUUCUAUUUGAGAUUUGUGCUGCAGCUUUCAGUCAACAAGGUCUUCAUGUGGAGAUGUAUGAUUCUCAGGGCAGUCUUCACAUCAAGAUGUACAAUCCAAAAUUUUUAACUGAAAAAUAAUCCAUGUAAAGAAUUGAUGUUGGUGUUGUCUCUGCCAUCUUGCAAGGUCUUGUGAUAGUUGGUGAGAUUUGUCAUAAACUGUACGAACGCCAGUUUAGGCUGUAGAAAAGAAAAAUUGGUAUGGUAGUCAGUCGGUGAAGAAGAAACAUUUGUGCAUCAGGUAAGAUGAAAUUGCACAAUGUUCAUGUAGAAUGGCAACCAGGAAUGGCAUACCCAUCCAUAUAGGAUGUGAUACAUAUAAACAUGUGACACUGCCGAUUUUGAGGGGCUAUUUAUUGUAUCAGUUUCUAAGUGACUUGUUUGUGGCGUCUUAUCAUCCUCCCAAGGCACCCUCCCAGUGUACAGUGCUAUGUGUGCGUGUAUCACCAGUCCUAGAAGUGUAUACAAGUUUGCAAUAACUCAAGAGUGGGUAAGCAUGGACAUGGAUGGACAGAGAGAUCUGAGGUUGAGCGAGAGAGAACAAAGGAUGACAUUCAUCUCCUUCCACACUUUUAGUGACUGCAUCAUCAUACACAACCCCAUAUGUACAUUUUAUGACACAUACUGUAAGGCUAACUAAUGGUCGACAUGUAAUAUUUGUAAUUAUGAAGACACUAAACUAUUUCAGUAUUUUGUAGUUAGCCUGUUCAUACCAUAUACAUUAACAGUGUGGGCACAUGUUGAUAUUUGUGCUUGCUCAUGUAAAUAGGCAUGUUAAUGUUAGUUCUCUGUGUUCUCGCUCUUGGUUGAUGUUCUUGUCAACUGCUUAGGCAGCAUGGAUUUCGUCUAGUUGAUUCUGGGGGCAAAACCAAACAGGUGAUAACUUUAACAGUUUCAAAGGCAACAUUGUUCAAUACCACUUAUUUGUAAAACAUUAAAAAGGGUGUCAUUCUAUAUCUUUGAUAUUUCUUAUCUCUGUCAUUCAACUAUUGUUUUCAUGGUAUUGUGAGGUUCGAAAGACAAAGUCUGCUUCCAACUUUAUACUGUGUAUAAGAAAUUAUUUAUCAGACUUUUUCUAGUAAUUAAAUGCAGUAAUGAAUUUCUUUGAUGUUUGAGAUGUGGACUGUAUUAACUUCUUAUUAUUAUGGAACAUGAGUGAUGAUGACACCUAUCUACUUUUACAACGGAUUGAACUUUGAAUACAUGUCUGUUCAGUAGAAGUUUGACAUUUAGGAAAAUGAUUUCUUUUCCUGUAUAUUAUGUCAAAUUUUCACUUUCUGAACAUGCUACAUAGACAUAUUCUGUAUACUCUUUUUGUUUCUCUUUACUUCUGUAUGUUAUCUAAGGUAGUCUGUAAUAACAUGAUAGUGACGAACUCGACUACUAAAGUUUAUGCUUGGUUCGUUCAUGUAACAACUUUAUUUCUGUUGAUAAUUUUAGCUGGUAUGAUUAUUUAUUUAACUGGGUUCUGCAGUUAUUUCUUGAUAGAAGUUUCCUAAAUUUAUACAUUUUUACAUACUCUUUCAUUUAUCUUGUUUGUGUUCUUGUUUUUAAAGAGAAGUUUACACAUCACUAAAUCAUGGUUUUCAUUAUAAGGGCUAAAGAACAGUCAUACUUGAGUCAUCUGUAAGGGAAGGAAUGUGUUCAGCAUGUUCAAUAUCAGACAAUGUCUUAUAAUUUGACUGCAAAGAGUUGUGUGGCUGAUGCUUCUAUUAGAUAUCAUGUACUGGUUCAUCAGUGAAAACGAUCUCAACACUCUUGUCAUUAUCAAUUCGUCCAGCUUUUCUUUCGUGGAAAUAUCCUGGCAUAAUCAGCACUGUUAGCUUUAAAGAUUAUUUCUUUGAAAUGAUGACAACGACACAUGGUUUCUCUCUCAGGAAGGCCUUUGCAUGCAGUUCCAAUGCUUUACUUGUAAUUUGAUACACAGUUGUUUAACAGCCAAACAGUGAAUACAGUGAAGAAACCAGUAAUUUGUGACUAAGUCCUUCACAAUUUAUAGUUUGAAUUGGCACAUUAAAUGAAAAUAUUCCUCCCCUUGAAACAUGUAAUUCUUAAUCCUAGAUUGUGAUAACUACCAUUGUAUUAUCUCUAUUACAUGAAGUGAAAUGUUCGUGAGCGAUACUACACAGUAUAUAUUUCUGUGUUUUUGCAUAUCACUUUGUAAGAGACAUCUAUCUAAUACCAUUAUAUAGAUCAAUUACUAUAUAAGUACUAGCUUUAGAGUUGCAUAUACUUUAUGAUACAGUAUGUUCAUAUUGGCUCUUCAGUUUCGUUCAAUAAUAUAAACUAACCAAAGUUUGUCUAUUGAAAUCCAUGCUGCUUGAUUAUUGAUGCUACUGGGGGAUAAUAACAAGUAUGAUUAUGUAUGGAUUACUAAUAGCAGGGAUGGUAUAACUACUAACUCCAACAAAGAUAAUAUAUACAUUGUCAUUGGCCUCAACACCCUUGUUUUUCAGGGGCACAUGUGGAGCAUUUGUUAACACAGAUUGGACGUUUCACUGUGCCAUUUUUGGAAAUGUAUCCAUAUACUUACAAUAUGAAUUCGGUGUAAAAUUGUUCAAACAAUUAUUUGUCAAUUUGAUGAGUGUUGUUUCGAUAAUUUUAGAUCUUUUAAUUUUAGUGCUUAUCAUUUGGUAUCAGCAUCAUCUGUAAUUUUAGAAUUCUUACCUCAUACAUCGUUCAUGAUCAUAGUGUUGAUGACUGUACUAGUGUGUGAGAAAGGCACUACAUAGUAGUCUAAUUGUAUAAUUAUAAGGAAACACAUGGUUGGGAUUGUAGGGAAUAUAUAUUUGAAUAACCCAGGAAAAUGUGAUUUUAGAAGGAGUUUUAUUUUCACAUAUGAACUACAGUGCUAACCAUCUGAUUACCAGUCCAGUCUGUUCUCUGAGAUGAUGAAUUUUGUCUUUUCUAGAUGUUUCUUUAUUGUGAACCAUGUGUUAUUGGUCUUUCUGUACACAGUGUCUGCUCGUCAAGUCUUUGGACCUGCUGGUCUUUAAAUCUCUGUCUCCUAUCACCUAUCAUGAACCCUAGUGAUUCAAUCAAGCUUGCUUAGUGUUAAUUUCAUAAGAAAAUGGGAAAUGCAAAUUUGACCAUCUGGCAGUCUAUUUGUAACUGUAAGAGAAGAUUACUUACGGAAUUCAAUCAAAAAUAUUUCAGUCUGAAGUCAAUGGAAAUGUUCAAUACAUUAAUUAAUGUAAUUAUUUGUCUUUGGUAGAAGUUUUGAAACCAACUAUCAGAAAAAUAUUUUCCAUGCAUAAAAAAGAAGGGGUUUGUAUGACAUGCCAGACUGGUUUGAUAUCAUUUUUUAUUUGAAAAUGUAUACUAACAAAAUAUUACUAGUCAUUCAGUACAACUCUCAAUAAUCUUGCAUAUGUACAGAUAAUCAUGUACAGUCAUACAAGAGCAAUUUUUAACAAAUAUUUUUGGACAGCUUAUAAAUGUGAAUGUACAUUUAGUUGUGUAUACAUACAUGUAUAUUGUAUUAACUGCCAUAGAAAAUCAAAGAGAUGAAGUGCUUUCAUAUCAAACUGAUGUGUAAUCUAUAUGAAAUAAUGCCUCUAGAUACAUUAGGUUACUAGACGUGUGCUUUGCACCCUAGAAUCAACACUUACACGUCUUGUCUUUCUGAAUGAGUUACUGUCAUUUCUCUGUAUACAGCAAAUUAAUAAAACUGAAUUUGAAAUUA